AUGACCUCCCAAAAUUUCGAUAUCAUCAUUGUGGGAGGCGGGACAGCCGGCUGCGUACUUGCAAACAGGCUCUCAGAGAGUGAACGUUACCGUAUACUCCUUAUAGAAUCUGGAGAAGACCUGACGAGUGACCCUCGCACCAAUGUCCCAUCAUUGGGUGCUCUUCUCAUGGCUACGGAUGCCAACUGGGGUUUCUCAACUGUUCCCCAGGUCAAUAUUGGAAAUCGCACUAAUUCAGCGUCUGCUGGUCGUUUGCUUGGAGGAUCAAGCGCUAUCAACGGUUUCGCCUUUCUACCGAACUCCAAGCUGAGCAUUGAGACUUGGGCCAACCUUGGUAAUCCAGGCUGGGACGCGGAAGCCUUCUCCAAGUCUAUGAACCGGUUUACUCUUGCCACAUCCGCAUCCACCAAUAAUCCCGCCAAAAGCCCUCUCCAGAUUACUAUACCAGAAGAGGAUACAGAGUGGCCCCGUGUAUGGAGGGAUACUCUUGCUACACUUGGAUUCCCGCCUGCUCAGGAUGCAUUGACUUCUGGUAACGUCCUGGGAAGCGUAAUGGGAGGAGAAACAAUUGGUCUUGACAAGAAGAGAAGCCAUUCGGCUAAAGCUUACUUGGACGAGACAGUUCGUUCAAGAGGUAAUCUCACCAUUUGGACAAAAGUUACUGCCGAACGAAUUCUCUUCGAGAAUUCCGAUUCUGGGACUCCCACUGCAGUUGGUGUUACGGUUCGCAAUAACGAAACUGGAACUUCGAAUUCAGUCUUGGCAAACAAAGAGGUCAUUCUUUGUGGGGGGGCGAUUAAUUCCCCACGAUUACUUGAGCUAUCAGGCGUUGGUGACACAAAGAUCCUUGAGUCUCUUGGAAUAGAUGUCAUGGUUAACAAUCCUAACGUUGGCGAGCACUUGCAAAAUCAUCCUCUUGUCACAGUCACCUUCGAAGCACGCGAUGAGGAGGGAUUUGACACGAUCGAUCAGAUAUUACGCAAGGAUAAAGAGGCUAUCUCAAAGGUACAAGCAGCAUAUGCAAAAGGCGUUGGACCAGGAUCGAAGAGCAAUUUGAAUGUCCUUGCUCAACUACCAGUUGAAGUGGAUGACCAGUUGAAGCAGGCUUUGGAUAAGAUGCUGCCGCAGCAUUCAGAUACAUCCGCAUCUCUUGUAAAAUCACACGAAGCAUUCGUAAGAGCUGUUGUCACUUCUCCAAAAGAAGCCUCUGCAUGUUACAUGACCGUGCCCGGUUUUAUGUGCCUCUCUGGUGCUGGAUCAUUUGUCCCUCCUGAGCCUGGAUCAGAGAAAUACUUUACUAUGGGCAUCCAUCUGGCGCAUCCUUUAUCUCGUGGCUCGGUGCACAUUAAAUCAUCUUCAACCCCGCUUUCCUCGUCAGACGUCUCAAUCGAUCCAAAUUUCUUUUCACAUCCCUUCGAUGUUGAGAUACUUGCCCGGCAUAUUCAGCUGGCAGAGAAGAUUGCCAUGACGGAGCCUCUCUCCAACCAUUUGAAACCAGAUGGGAAACGCAGCCCUGGUAUGCCGAAAGCUGGAGGAUUUGCUGACAUCACGAUUGCCAAGAAUUAUGUUUUAGAAAGAGCUGCAGGCGCCCACCAUUGGACAGGUUCAUGCGCCAUGAUGCCUGAGGAGCUUGGUGGUGUGGUCGAUUCACAGCUCCGAGUCUUCGGCUGUGCUAAUCUUCGUGUGUGCGAUGCAAGUAUCAUGCCUAUUUCACCUCGCUCAAAUCCUCAAGGAGUUGUUUACGCCAUUGCAGAACAUGCUGCAGGGAUAAUUCUAUCGACUCUACAAUGA